AUGGAAGAACAGCAGCCGGAACCUAAAAGUCAGCGCGACUCGGGCCUCGGCGCGGCGGCGGUGGCAGCGGCCCCGGGCAGCCUGAGCCUGAGCCCCGGCGCCAGCGGCAGCAGCGGCAGCGAUGGAGACAGCGUGCCGGUGUCCCCGCAGCCCGCGCCCCCCUCGCCGCCCGCGGCGCCCUGCCUGCCGCCCCUGGCCCACCACCCGCACCUCCCCCCGCACCCCCCGCCCCCGCCGCCGCCGCAGCAUCUCGCGGCGCCUGCUCACCAGCCGCAGCCCGCGGCCCAGCUACACCGCACCACCAACUUUUUCAUCGACAACAUCCUGAGGCCGGACUUCGGCUGCAAAAAGGAGCAGCCGCCGCCGCAGCUCCUGGUGGCGGCGGCGGCCGGAGGAGGCGCAGGAGGAGGCCGGGUCGAGCGUGACAGAGGCCAGACCGGCGCAGGUAGAGACCCUGUCCACCCGCUGGGCACGCGGGCGCCGGGCGCCGCCUCGCUCCUAUGCGCCCCGGACGUAAACUGUGGCCCACGCGACGGCUCUCCGCCAGCAGCCGGCGGCGGUGCGGGUGCGUCUAAAGCCGGGAACCCGGCGGCGGCGGCGGCGGCGGCGGCUGUGGCCGCGGCGGCGGCGGCGGCGGCGGCGGCCAAGCCUUCGGACAGCGGCGGCGGCAGUGGAGGCGGCGUGGGGAGCCCCAGUGCGCAGGGUGCCAAGUACCCGGAGCACGGCAACCCCGCCAUCCUGCUUAUGGGCUCAGCCAACGGCGGGCCCGUAGUCAAAACUGACUCGCAGCAGCCCCUCGUAUGGCCCGCUUGGGUGUACUGCACGCGCUACUCGGAUCGUCCGUCCUCCGGUCCGCGCACCAGGAAGCUGAAGAAGAAGAAGAACGAGAAGGAGGACAAGCGGCCGCGGACGGCGUUCACGGCCGAGCAGCUGCAGAGACUCAAGGCGGAGUUCCAGGCGAACCGCUACAUCACGGAGCAGCGGCGGCAGACCCUUGCCCAGGAGCUCAGCCUCAACGAGUCCCAGAUCAAGAUCUGGUUCCAGAACAAGCGCGCCAAGAUCAAGAAAGCUACAGGCAUCAAGAACGGCCUGGCGCUGCACCUCAUGGCGCAGGGACUGUACAACCACUCGACCACCACGGUCCAGGACAAAGACGAGAGCGAGUAGCCGCCAGCCGGCUGGGGCAGCGCGGUCCGGCCGCCGCGCCCGCGCCCCCUCCUGGCAUCGCCACCGCAGCCACCGCCGCCGACGCCUGGCCGGUACCACGCCGGGGGAGAAAGAAUCCGUGCACAGGAGGGAGGGAGCAACAGGAAAGACAGAUUCUCGGAAUGGAGAGUCACGUUUGAACGAACCAUUUUUAAAAAAGGGAGAAAGACUCGGACAGGUGCUAUCGAAAAAUAAGAUCUAUUCUCUAUUCAUAGUAUAAGGGGCGGAAACUGCGAACUCCUUAAAGCUCUAUCUA